UCUGAGUGGGCGCGAGCUGAAGAUGGUCCAACUGCUGCACAGCGUCCAACUGUGGAGACGGGUCCGACUGCGAAGACAGUAGACCCAUCUGUGGACGUGGGGCAUCGUUAUCGCACAGACGAUGAUAUGGAAUUGGUGAGUCGACGGGCACAAAGGAACUGGCAUUGUUCGCUAUCCGCUUCCUGCGUACUCUGCAAUUUGCGAAGGAGUGCUUCGGCGUCGGGCCUGAUGUUGAUUCACACCGUGCUCUUCCUCGAACUUGCUGUACGCCUGCUGAUCCGUCGGCGAAUUGGAGAUGGUGAUGUGAUACAGAACUGUAGCGACGUUCACGCAAAAGCGAAAGUGCGGACUCCAGACUCUCUAUACGAAGCUGUGUGGCUGGCUGACGUUGCUGGAGCUGAUGAAGCUGCUCGACGGCUGGGGUGUCAGACACAAAUGGGGAGGUGUAACUGCACUAACCCGAAGUCUGAAAUUGUACUCAGCAAUUGUGUUCGACAGGGAAGUGAACCGGUGAAAACAAGAAACACGAGUGAAACGAAAGAUAUGUUAUCGGCAUAG